AAAGAAUAAAGCAUCGAAAAUUAUAUUAAAUACAUAAAAUGGGCUUACCAAUUUUUUCUUCACAUUCUUCGUAAGGUUUUUGUGUAGGCACAGACUGUCACGAAACAUGACACAGUUACCGAGUACGUGAGACAAUCUGUGUUAUUGCUUUGUUUUGAUAAAAAGAAAAAAAAUAUGGCGGGUUUCCCACAAAAUAUACGUCAAAUUCUUGGUCAAGUUCGAGAUAUGGGUAUAAACGGAAAUAAUGUGGAUCCUUUAGCUUCUAUUGAUGAUACUUCAGAACAAGUGUAUGUUUCCUCAUUAUCACUAUUGAAAAUGUUAAGACAUGGUCGAGCGGGUAUUCCUAUGGAAGUUAUGGGUCUAAUGUUGGGAGAAUUCAUUGAUGAAUAUACUAUUCGUGUUGUUGAUGUUUUUUCAAUGCCUCAAUCAGGGAAUACCGUUUCAGUGGAAGCAGUCGAUCCCGCUUAUCAAGCUGAAAUGUUAGAGAUGUUAAAACGUACUGGACGACCUGAGGUUGUAGUUGGAUGGUACCAUAGUCAUCCUGGUUUUGGAUGUUGGUUUUCUGGAACGGAUGUUAAUACACAGCAAAGUUUUGAACGCUUGAAUCGCCGUGCUGUUGGUGUUGUUGUUGACCCUAUUCAAUCAGUUAAAGGAAAAGUUGUGAUUGACUGUUUUCGCUUAAUUAAUCCACACUCCUUAGUUACCGUUCCAGAGCCACGACAAACUACCUCCAAUAUUGGGCAUCUACAAAAACCAACCAUCACAGCUUUAGUUCAUGGUUUAAACCGUCACUAUUAUUCACUUGUUAUAAGUUAUCGCAAAGGUGAUUUUGAAGAAGAAAUGCUUUUGAAUUUUAAUAAAUCAAGUUGGAUUCAAUCCCUUACUGUUUUGCCUUUUACCGAACAAAAAAAAGAACAAGAGACUUGUUUGUCUACAUUAAAAGACUUAACAAAAAGAUAUAUUACUGAAGUUGAAGAAAUGCAAACUCAUUCAAAACAGUCUAAUAUACCAAAGGUGGGUAAAUUAGAUGCUAAAAAACACUUACAAUCCGCUGUUAACGAUCUGCUUAUGAAUUCUUUAAUGCAAACAUUUACUGCUAUGAUUGGCGCUAAAAUUUUUUAAUUCUACCUUUCAAAAAAAAACGGUUUACUUUAUGGAGUAUGUCUGUUAAAUAAAAAGAGAAAAACGGUUCUCAUUUAAGAAAAAAAAAAAAGGAGUUUUCAUGAAACUAUUACUGACUAUCUUGAAUAGAAGAUUCAAACAAAGUAGCACUUCACCAUGUCAGUGUUUUAUACGUCUGACGAAAGACGACGUUGUAUGAAUUGUUUUUUACGUCUUUGAAAAGAUAUUGAACAAACACAUGAAAAUCAUUAACACAAACGGAAUCUUUAGAAAACGUUUGUUUUGUUUUCUCUUCCUAACUAGACAUUCAUUCUACGCAGCUUGAAAAUAACAUUUCAUAAAGUUUUAAAGACUUUAUGUUCUUAAUGUAAACGCGGGUUUUUCGUGUGAUCGGCUAUUUGCUCGUCUGUGCCGGUAUUUUGAGCUUCAUUUUUAAAAUGUCUCACAGGAGGAAGAAGAAUUUUAUAACACGCCACCCAUGAUAUUACUUCGACAAAAGAUAGGAAGUAAGAAACAAACUUCAUCUUUUAUUCAUAUUUCUAUGUCUUCGUUGUACAACACGAAACUCCCGACCAUAACAAAGACGUUGUUAUAUCUUUUACUAUAAAUGUAACUCCCGACCUGAACAAAGACGUUGUUGCAUCUUUUACUAUAAGCACAAUGCAGCACCUAAGGCUAUACG